UGAUCUGUGCUUGUCUGUGCAGGUAAUGCCACACCGGGUACGGGCCUCAUGGGAGGACGGAUGUUUAAUUAUGGUUGCGGUUAGUUUGAAGAAACCCGGAGGUGAGCAUACUCAGCGACACAUUUGAGUAAGACAUACAAGCUGGCACCACGGGUGAUGAAAAGUACCUGAUCAUGUCAGCGGCGCCACGCUAGCUGAUUAUGAAGACAGGUGGGUUCGGUGUUCGACCUUGAUUCUGUUUCGCAUUUGCCAUGAACGUAUGAAUCAGAUGCGAUGGGCGAGGAGUGGAUGAAGACGAGCGCUGACAGUCCCGAGAAGGGAUGCAGGGUAGCGUGGGCGCGCGAAGAGACAGAAAGAGCGAGAUGCGUCUGGCAGAUCUCACUGAUAGCCAAGUGUAAAAGCUUGAAAGUCACAGGUCACAUGACCAUAUAAUACAACA